GGCGACAUCUGGCGCCAACGGCAUCUUCUCCCGACGGCUGGAUUUUUCCUCCUUCAACAUGCUGCCCCGGCAACGGAUAAACUCCUAUUCGAUCAAGAUUGAGGACGAAGGCAACCACGGAAACGACGAGACGCGUCUCUUCAUCCUGUCAUCGCUGGCCGCGCAGCACAAGAGCCGGGUGGCGUGUGUCCUCUGCGAGGAACCGAUGCUAGUCUUUGACCGCUACCCGCUAGUCGACGGAACGUUCUUCCUCAGCCCGAAACAGCACGCCAAAGGAUGUAUCGAGGUGAAAUACGAGAAUCGAGUCCAAUACCUGACGUCGGUUUGCAUGGCGUGUCUGGACGGCGUCGAGCAGAGUCGAGUUGUACGAUGCAGGUUCUGUGCCCAGAAAUGGGACGGCUCCUCGUUGGUUCUGGGAACUAUGUACUCGUACGACAUCUUUGCUGCAAUGCCAUGCUGCACUGAACGAUUGAAGUGCAACAACUGUUUCAAGCUGCUGCUGCACCCGCACCAGCGGCUAAACUUCUACAGCGACUACAGCCACAGCGUUUCGUGUCCGUACUGUCACGCCCAGGACACGCACUUCGUGAAGCCGUUGGCCUACUGCUACACCAAACAGCCGAUGCAGCUGUUCCAGCAGUGGCCAUAACAUGAGGCCCCGUUGGAGUCCCCCAAGGUGGCCGACGUCCCGUUUGCCACCGCGUCGUCCGCCAGCACCACGACCUGCAGUCGAAGCAAUAGCACCUCGUCCGCCGCAGCCUCGCCUCCGUUGACGUCCUCGGCGACGUCCG